AUGUUGCUCUUUCCAACUGUUGCAAUGCUCCCCGUCGCACUUUCCCUUGGAUAUACUUUCACCCCUGACUACGUGGAACAAGUCACCGAUCCCAGAAUCCCCGUACUAUAUGACGCUGGCGCGUCCCAAACACUGCCCUACAGCGAAGCACCCGUCUCCGGAUCCUCUAUGUACUCAUUCGCAACGACAUCGACAGGCAAGCAGUACUUCCUUGCAAUGACCGUCUUUGCCAGCGCCGCCGGCGCAGGCUACGGAGCCAACAUACUCGACCUAGAUACCCUCGAGCGCCAUUCCUUCACCAACGCGACCGCAUUCACAAAUCAGGAACACGAAGCGUUCGAUUUUGCGCGACCCGGGUACCGAUUCACCGCCAACGCACUGGAUAAUCUGGGCAUGGUCCUCUUCAGUGACUUUGGCGAGGUGGUGAUUAAUAUUACUGUUUGGCCGACCUCCCGCGUGCUGUACUACGGCGGCACGGGCGCGUUUACAUAUGUCAACGAGACAUUGCGCAGCUGGGCUCUACCCGCGUGCAGAAUGUCCGGGACCAUUUCUUUUCUCUCGCCAACGUCGUCGUCGUCGGCCACUAAAUCCAUCGCCAUCAAUGCCGAAAAGUCCGUAACAUGGUACGACCGCCUGUGGGGCCGUUUGGGCCUUCGCAACGGCACCUCGUUCUUCUUUGCCCUGUACCUCUCCUCCGCCAGCAGCGACCUCGUCAUCUCGGGCUACUGCAUCGACAGCGUCGACCCGCCGGCCACGACCCGCUUCAGCAACGUCCGCCUCCGCAGCGAGACGACUGUCGCCAUCACCCCGAUAGAUAUAUUCGAGCCCAGCACUAGCGAUGUCUGGACCUCGCCGCGGACAGGCCGGACUUAUCCGCAAAAGUGGACGCUGGGCGUGCAGGGGCGUGGCAUGCUACGCAUUCGGAGUGUUCGGGGGGACCAGGAGGAUUAUGGCGAGGGCGUUGCGGGGGCUGCGUAUAGCGGGUUUGUCGACUUUGCAGGCGUGUUUGAUGGGAGGGCCGUUACUGGGUUUGGGGUCGUGGGGCUUAGAGCUGUCAUUCCCGGAUAA